AUGCUGACAUUGAAGAACAUCGCCCUCGCUGAACAGGAGCUACGCAUCCAGGCUCUGGAGGCCUCCUCCUUUGACGGUGUCCUGCUGUGGCGUAUCAUCGAGUACAAUCGCCGUCGUCAGGAUGCCGUCUCCGGCAAGACAACAUCCUUCUACUCCCCGGUCUUCUACACCAGCCGACACGGCUACAAGAUGUCAGCCAUGUACCUGAACGGCGACGGUAUGGGGAAGCACACCCACAUGUCGCUGUUCUUCGUGGUCAUGCGGGGGCGCCAUGACGCCCUCCUGCCGUGGCCCUUUCCAGCAGAAGGUCCCUUCAUGCUCCUGGAUCAGAACAAGCGGGAUCACAUUGUGGAUGCCUUCCGUCCGGAUCCUACCAGCAACUCCUUCAAAACAAGCAGCGACAUGAACAUCGCCUCCGGAUGCCCACUCUUUGUGACCCAGGAGCUGCUGAUGGCCAGCAACAGCUACGUCAAGGACGACACAAUGUUCAUCAAGGUUGUUGUUGAUACAACUGGUCUUGAAAAGCUGUGA